AUGAAGCAAGUCACUAAAACCAGUCCUGAACAAAAACCAAAGAAACGAGGUGGAAUACAACCUAGAAACAGAACUAAAUACACGGCAGCUCAGUUAAAUGCUUUAGAGAGUUUAUUUAUGGUAUCACAGUAUCCCGACUCAUUAUGUUUAGAAGAUCUUUGUAAAUCUUUAGGGGUCACCGUGGAAAGAAUCCAAAUUUGGUUCCAAAAUCGACGGUCAAAAUUUAAACGUCAGUCCAAAGAUGGCCACAUGGCGUGGAUGAGAAAACAGAUCUUCAAUCAGGGUUCACCAAGACCAAAUCCCAUGGAUAUGAUUCAUUCUCCAGCAUCUCAUGCUACAUCAUCUACUACUUGUCAAUCAAUCAGUCAACCAACCUGUCAAUCAAUCAGUCAACCAACCUGUCAACCAACCUGUCAAUCAACAUCACCUGAUAGAUCAUGUCAUGUUUUAUCACCACCAGUAGAGAAUGCUUCACCUUCUAACUCACCACCUGUUAAACCUCAUCCGAGAUCCAAUCUUCACUACAUGCCAGAGACUCUGUACUAUCCUGGAACUACAGCAUCAACUUACAACAGCAACAACAACACAACAUCAAGUCAGCCAUCUUACUCCACCCAGAAUCAUCUCCUGAUGUCACAUUUAUUAAAUGAUGUUACCACAACAACAAGUUACCAACAACAACAACAACCUUGUAACUAUAGUAACUAUCAAAACAAUAAUUAUAAUAAUUUAUAUAACAAUUAUCCUUAUUAUUCUCAAAUGAGUUCGUAUUAUUCUUUAAAUAAUUCUUCACCUAAUCUUUAUUCUUCUUCUUCUUCAUCUUCUCUUCCUCAACAACAGUCUUUAGGGGUUUAA